ACUCGGAAGGAUUCCGAUAAGAAGACCACAUGACACAGACCGAUCUCUCUUGGUCGUGUUCCCAAGUCGCCGGUGUCGGCCAACGACGACGGCCAACGACGUCGGAUGAUGCAGUUCGAGGGCGGGACUUGGAGAGGCACUCUGUAAAUGUUUCGUCGUUCUUGCCUCCUCCUUUCUAUCUGCCCCCUCUUUUUUUUUUUCUUUUUUGUCUUUCGCUUUUCCACUGGAUGACUGGACCUCACAGGGGAUCCUUUCAGUCCUCAAUCGCCCUGGCUUCCGUCAAGUCCAAACGUUUAAUUCCGCCAGUAGCAGGUUGUUAAUCAAUUCAAAGUGCAUUUUUUUUUAAAUCGCCACGGUGGCCAAGUGAAUUUUCCCCCUUCCCUAGAUCGACAUUAGUCGAUUGUUUUUUAUUGUUGCGAGAUUUUCAACAAUUUUGAAAAAAAAAAAUGAAGAUGCUCAAGCAGCGAUUCCGUGAGCGAUCCGAAGGAUGGCUCAGUGCAUCUACCGAUCGUUUUCUUGUCCAUCCGCCUCAUCCGCCGCCUAGUGUAGAGCCGCACAAUCCUCCGGUCUCGAUUUUAAGUCACAGUACGACAACGGCGGCCGCUGGCCAAGCGAAUGCCACGUCAACAAUUCCCGUCAUUGAACUGCCUCAGCAUCCAGCAGCUGGAUUGUCGCAAAAUGCGCAACCGUUGCAACAGCAUCAGCUGCAAGACAGGCCGAGGAAGAAGCUGUCUUUCCGCGAUCCGGAAGUCACGAGCGCAGAAGCCGGCGCUUCAUCGCAUCAUCCGCAAACGCAUCAACACCUUGCCUUACUCAAAGAUCAAGGCUUCUCCGACAGCAUGGAGAACGUCGAUCUCGAGAGCCAAGCCAUGAAAAUCGUACGGACGGUCGGUCAAGCCUUUGAAGUCUGCCACAAGUUUGCCGUUCCGCCGGUCGGCCAUCACGACGAUGCAAAUGAAGAAGAAUACGAGGAAGAGGAAGAAGAGGAGGAAGUUCACGGUGAAGUCGAAGAAGAGAAAGCAAGUCAACAAGAUCUUCAAUCAUCUGUUGAUCAUUUAUCCCUGCCUAGCCUGGACACUAAACCGCCCGCCCGAUCAGUGGAAUACGGAACAGCAGAGGUCACUGACCACAAUCAUCCGGUUGAUCUUCUUAAUGUGAGCUUGGACUCUUCGCCGAAAAGCGUCAUGGAACCCAUUCGUCUGGAGCCGUCUUCGAGUCAGCAACUUGAACAGUUGAUUCAUCAACAGCAAUCGUACCCACGCCCAGAGCCGGCCGUCGCGACUCAGGUGAAUCAGCAACAAGGGACCACUCCGUUGGCUCUGCAACACGAAGUGUUGCUCCUGAAACAACAAGUGGAACAGCAACAGCAGCAAACACAAGCGGCUAUCGCUCAAGUCAAGUUGCUCAAAGAUCAGCUGGCCGCUGAAACAGCCGCCCGCGUCGAAGCCCAGGCUAGAACGCAUCAGCUUUUAAUUCACAACAAGGAGCUGCUGGAUCACAUUCAAACGCUAGUGACGCAAAUGCAAGAGCUUGAAAGCAAAGUUCCAGUCAUCUCCAAUUUACCGACUCCGUCUACCAUACCUCAGCCUUUAAAUUUUCAGAUGAUGGCCGUCCAACAACAGCAAGCUUCUUCUCGGCUUCCCACUUUGCGCGAAGUGGACUGCCAGCAGGAAUUGGUUAACAUGGCCGCCGCAAUGCUGACGGCGGCCGCGGCCAGCUCUGUGCAGAAUAAUCGCGAAAUGCAGGCACAGCAGUUGCAGCAUCAGUUGCAACAGCAGCAGCAACAGUACGCCAUCCUAUUGGCUCAAGCCGUCCAACAGCAACAGCAACAACAACAAGUUCAUUUCCAACAAUUACCUCCUGCCAUGAGCGGUUCUCCGCUCAGUCCCGGAAUGAUGGGCCAGCAACAGACCACCAACCCGCAAAAUUACUUCCAAUUUCAAACGAACAAUUCCUCCGCCCAAAAUUCGCCAAGUCAUUUGACUCUUGGAGGCAAUCAGACCAUCGUUAGCCAACCUCAUUAUCACUCGCCUCAUUCGCCCAGCUAUAACAAUCUGGGUCCGGUUAAUAACGGACCGACCGCGACGGCCGUCAACCCGUUGCCCAGUGCCUUACAGCGGCCUUCGUCCACAUUUAUUUUGCCUUUAGGAGACGUGGAUCAGAGCGGAUCGCACGAUUCCGGUCUAGGUUCUGGUCAUUUGGGAGGAGGAGCGGUUUCGACGGCUUCGGCGGCCGCUCUGAGAUCGAUGGAAGUCAUACGUCGCUUGCAGCUGAUUGGCGAAGACAGCUCCGGGGGCGGUGCCAGUGUCAACUCGUUGCACAGUUCCGAUUCAGAUCGGCAGCGAAUGGAUUCGUCAUUGGAAUCGAUGACAAGUGGUGGACAAGGCCGUCCUACUCUGCCCACCCUUCACCAGCAACUGGAACACCUCCGACUGGGCAACGAAGCCGGUGGUAGUGACGAAUGUCGUACCCCAUCCAGCGUCUCGGGCGGUGCGCUCCGCCGCAACGGACCUUUCAUCACUCGGUCCACUAGCGAGAAGGUUCCCCACCGCAACGAGAUUCUUGCCCAGGUUCAGCGCACUUCCUGGGCCCGUCACACUACCAAGUAAGAGAUUGCAGCUAUCCCCCCUGGACACGAGGAAAUGGAAAGCAAUUUUUCAUGGUGACGUGACGUCACAUCCUGAAAAACUAUCGCCUUGUUUUUGUUUUUGGUUUUUUAAAACUCCUCCCCCCUUCUUCAUUCUCGAAACAGUUGCACAUUUCCAACCGGACAAAUUCCUCAAAUCAAAAUCUCAUCCGCAUUUUUGAAAAAGUAUUUGCAUCCAAGAACAUAAAACAGGCUCCUACACUCUAUUUCUCGCUCCUCUCAUCAUCGCCGAUUGAUUUGCCGAUCCCAUAGAGAAAAAAGAAAAAUGAAAAUCUUAUGACAAGAAAUCAAUUCAUUUUUUUAACAUCAAUUCCUCUCCAGCCACUACAUCAAGAAAUUGAAAUCAAGGGAAAGAAAAUACACAAGAAUUAGCUCUGUACCUGUUUGAUCUGAAACUGACAUUACACGGUUUUAUUCAGCC